CCUUGGAGGCUAAAGCUGUACAGUGGUGUAUUUACAGUAUCAUCAGGAAACGAAGUCGCGUUCAUUUUAACGGUCAUUUUUUCCGACAGAUAUAGUUAAUUUUCUGGCGUUUCGUCAUGACGACUCUGGACGAUAAGAUCUUGGGCGAGAAGCUGCAGUACUACUACAGCAGCAGCGAGGAUGAGGAGAGUGACCACGAUGAAGACGAGGGUCAGUCCAAAACCAUUCGGGACCAGGAGGUGCUGGAGGCGGAGAUAGAUUACAGUCCCGAUGGCACUGCCGUUAACACGGGUCCAAAAGGUGUGAUUAAUGACUGGCGGAAGUACAAGCAGCUGGAGACAGAGCAGCGGGUGGAGCAGCAGAAAGAGAUGGAGCGGCUGAUCAAGAAGCUCAGCAUGACCUGUAAAUCAAACCUGGACGAGGAGCUGGACAAACAAAAACAGAAAGAGCUGCAGGACAAGAUCAAUGGCAAGGUGAACCUCCGAGUUGAUGAGGACGAGGAUGAUGACGACGAUGACGAAGCCUUCCUUCAGCAGUACCGGAUGCAGCGCAUGGAGGAGAUGAGACGGCAGCUGAGUGGCAAACGGCGCUUCGAGCGUGUGAUUAAUAUUUCCUCAGGAGAAGAGUUUCUGCGCGCCAUCGACGAAGAGGGCAAAGGAACGCUGGUGCUUGUUCACAUAUUCGAGCCGGACGUGCCUGCCUGCCAGGCCAUGGAGGGCAGCCUGCUCUGCCUGGCUCUGCAGUAUCCACAGGUGAAGUUCUGUCAGGCGCGAGGGUCAGUACUGGGCACCAGCACUCUGUUCCGCAGCUCCGCGCUGCCGGCCCUGCUGCUGUACCGCGGGGGCGAGCUGGUGGGGAACCUGGUGCGCGUCUCUGAUCAGCUGGGAGACGAUUUCUAUGCCACCGAUGUGGAGGCGCUGCUGCAGGAGUACGGGCUGCUGCCGGAGAAACACCCACACGCAAACACACACUCGUCCAUCCGCAACGCGGCCGUCACACACACCGCCGACUCAGACAGCGACCUGGAUAUAGACUAGACACGCACAGCGAUACACCCACACACACGCCAGCACACUUAACAACAUGCGUACACACGCCAGAGAUGGGGACUUGAAUCUCAUGUUGAUGGACUCAUACUGACUUGUGACUCGACCUAUGAUUGAAAUCUAACUCUACACAAAAAAUACGUCAGUCUGAUAGACAGAACAAACACUCUACAUCCAGUAAGUGGUGUUUAAAAGAAAGAGGCAAAUCAGCUUAACUAUAUGCUAGCCAACAAUUUGGAUAGCUAGUAGACUAGCAAGCGUACCAGAUAUUGAAGUUAAAGUUGUCAACUUAUCUAGCUGAAAUUUUAGUGAUUAGUAAUUCACAUUUCUAUAAAAUGUACUUAUGUUUCAGCUUGGAUAGUGAUUUUUCUAGCUAGCUACAGCAAACCACAGAUUAACCAACUAUUUCAAGCUGUUUUUUCAAAUUGUUUUGUCUCUUUCUUUAAAACACGUCAUUUACUGCAUGUAAGUUAGCGCUUCAGCUUUGUCCUUCAGACUGAAGGUUGUUGUAUAGUGAAAUUCUCAUUAUUUAAAGCCCUGUCGCACCUGACUGCUUUUUAGUAGGGUUUACUGAUAAUAAUGAGACUUGAGACUCGACUCGGACUCGAACAUGAAACGACCGGCGACAUCUCUGAUACACACGCACAAGAACUCAUAGCCAAUCAGUGACCAAACCACGACAAACACACACAAACACGGUCCACUUUAAUCAACUUCUUUCCAACAUGCUACUGUAAUUCAGAGAACUUUGAGGCACACUUGAAGUUCCAGGGAACUCAGUGUAAAAUAUUAAAAAUGUUUGAACGAUAUUAAGAUUUACUGUUACGUUAAACAUCCAGCGAGGUUUGGAUGGGGAAAAAACAAGACAAAUACGUCAGACCUGAGAACUGUGUGGUCGUACUGUUCUAUGUUCUGUGCUGUAUCCAUGGCUCGCUAAAAACAUUAUCCGGCUUUUACGUGGCGACGGCAAGAUUAUUGUUUACUUCACUGCUGGAUGUGUAACCUGGGAAUGCUGCUUGAACAAACAAGCAGGCAACAAGCAAACAGAUGAGCUAUGCUCAGUUAUGCUUGCAAGGUUAGCUUUCGCUUGGUUGUUAGCUUUUGCUCUUUAGGUUUCCCUGACUCGAAUUAGAGAAACCGUAGGGGAACGUCUAGGGGUUUUGUGGGCGGGACAAACCACAUCAGCCUUGUCAUUGCAAAGUUAUUCACAGGACAUACUUUGUACUUGUAUUAGGUGCCCACAAGAGCAAGAUUGACCUGCACACUUAAAAAUGAUGGUUCUUCAAGGGUUUUGUAUAGAUGAAAGUGGUUUUAUAUAGAACCAUUUGCAUGAUUAAAGGUUUCUUUGCAUGGUUAAAUGUUCUUCAG